AUGUGUGAUAUCAUCCUGGCUGUUUACCCGUCAUUGUCACUAUCUGAUCAAGGCUUAGUGCAGCAGCGCCUUCUCGGGCUCACUGCGAGGAGGAGGAGGAGGAUCAGCGGUGUGACAGUGAAGGCCGUGCAGAGCGCUUCCUGCGGCCUGGAGCGUGUUGCAGCCGUGCGUCUUGACACAGCCUCGUCUGUAGCUGCUGCUGGCUGCUGCAGGCGUGCUAUUUGCGGCAGCGGAGAGGGGGCUCUGCGAAAUGCCUUUUUCAGCGGGCUGUCCGAGCUCCUGAGCCUGGGAUGA